AUGGAAACAGCCAAUGAAGAGAUUACCGAUGCCACUUUCCACGAAGGAGAUUCUUUACUACUGCAUGAUGAACCCUUCGACUUUUUUGCCAAUCAAGUGGGUACCGGUCGUGACGAUUUCGACAUCAGAAUCGUCAAAGAAAAGAAACUGAAAAAAGCCGGAGCGAUAGACGUCAAUUACGAAUUGACCUUUAAGGAUCACCUCUUCCGGGAAAAAAAGAAGAUGAUCGAAGUCAAGGGUUUGCUCAAAGAGGCCUUCGACAAUAUGCUUCAACACGUGAAAAAAGAUCUCCGGCCGGGAGACCUCAUGAGGGGUGUCAUUUACAACGACCAUUUAGACCUACCGGUGUUUGUCCCCUGUCGCCCAAUGGAGGAGAUGGACGCAGACGCCAUGUUGGAAAGUCUGAUGAUCGUCCUCAACAGUCAUCAAGACUUACCUUUCGAUUCCUCCUGUCGAAUCGACAUCGGGGCCAUUAAAUAUCCCCGCAGUGGUACGGGAGUUAAGAUGUCUUCCAUCGCCAAAACCAUCGCAAAUAAGACAUCUAUCGUAAAGAUACGUAAUACCGAUAAUAAGUGCCUCGUUCGCGCGGCUCUGGUCUGUUUAGCCAACAGCUGUAAAACCCACGACGACGAAUUUGGAAAAGUCAAGGCUCGUCAUCCGACUCUCACGACCGGAGAAAUUCUCCUUUUCUUUCAGCAGUGUCCGCUCUGGUAUUACCAAGAUUUGUGUAAAAACCAUAACGGAGCGCAGGACACACUGACAAAACGAGUGUGUUCAACGAUGAAUAUCGUCGACGACGCUCCUCUGACUUACCUGUACAUUCCUCGUUUAGAAGAAUUCCUCGGUGUAAACAUCUACGUCAUCAGUGUUAAGAUGGGAAAUGCCUUCUCUUACAUCAGUCCCAACUACGACGAGGAACGAAAGAAGAUAUUCUUACUUCACGACGACUCGGAGGAAUUCGAACACUUUCACCCCAUCACGUCGCUGGCAGGUUUCUUUUGCCGAUCACGAUUCUGCAGUUCGUGCUUAAAACCGUACGAGAAACCGUAUGGACAUCAAUGCCGAAAUCAUUGUAACGUCUGUUUUUCUGACAAUUGUAGCGUACAAGAGAAGAGAACUUGUCCAGACUGUCACCAGACCUGUCGCUCUGGGUCCUGUUUCGUUCGACAUAAAAAUCCGCUGGAAGGGGGCGUCAUACCUUGUGAGCUCCGAUGCAAAUGUCCGACCUGCAAUAAGAUCUUCUUACGUCACGAGUUAAAACCCGAAGAUCAUCGCUGUGGGCAUUACACGUGCAAGUCUUGCAGGCAAUACGUAGACCCCGAACAUCUGUGUUACGCUAGGAGUCACAACUCCAAAGAAAACCAGAACAGUCGUCGAUUCAUUUUUGCCGACAUCGAGGCAUCGCAAAAAGACGAGAUCGUUCAGUGUGAAUGGGGAUACACACCUUUACGUCGCUUAGACUGUUCCGAAUGUCGAUCAGAAGGAAACCCGUGUCCCUCUUGUCGGGUCUGUCCGCACUGUCGUAAAUCGCACUGUGGCAAAUUUAAACACACCGUGGUCUUGGCAGUGUGUCAGACCGCCUGUGAGAAAUGCGAGAACGACGAUCUCACGCCCGAUAGCGCGUGCGACAUUUGCGGAGAUCGAUGUUCGACCUGUCGGAAGAAGGACAAGAAGACCAAACAGUACGUCUCACCCCCCUGUCCCGGUCGAUGUGGACGUCGGGAACAGGUCUUCCAGAAUUUACACGAUCUCGGAAGUUGGAUCUUUCACGAACAUCACAAAGGAUUUACUGUCCUGUUCCAUAAUCUCUCGUACGACGGUCAGUUCCUCUUACAAUACCUGUUGUCACAGUCCAUCCGUCCCUCUUUCAUCAUCUACAGGGGAAGUAAAAUUCAAAUGUUUAACCUCAGCAGUCUUCAGAUCAGGGUCAUCGAUUCGUUUAAUUUCCUACCCAUGGCUUUAGCCAAACUUCCCAAAGCCUUUCAGCUAGAAUCUUUGGCCAAGGGAUACUUCCCUCAUUUUUUUUACAUGCCAGGCCAACCGAAAUUACGUGGGACCUUACCCGCCUGCCGAGACGUACGGUCCCAAUGGCAUGUCUGUCGAAGGUAGGAAAGAGUUCUUCAAAUGGUACGAGUCUAAAGUCGACAGUGGAGAAAUAACGAA